GCUGAAUUGAUUCCGGUAGUCGUUGAGUGGCUCUCGUCGGAUGCGGACGCGUUUCCCGACCUCGCCCGUUACGGUUUUCGCGAUUGCGCGCUGAUACACCACGAGUGUGAGUGAUAGAAGUUCUAGGCUGGUGUUUGAUAUUUAUUUGCUCGAAGAAAGAGGAAAGAUAGCAAACAAAAAGUGAGUGUUCAAAAUUGGGAAAUUUCAAACUUUGACGAAGGAAAGCGCAAUAAUGCCACCGACCGAAGCCACCGUUCCACUGACGGACGGUAGCCGGGGCAAAAAAGCCGCAACCAUAAUUUCAACCGGCACAACGACGGCGGCGACGACGACGACGACGUUGAGCAAUGGAUCCAACCGGCGUGGAUCGGCGACGGAGGGAGCAACGGUUGAUGAUGGCAAGCCGCCGGCCGGUCAGCAUCAGCUUAGCUGUUUGGGCCGGCUUUCCUACCACGUGUCCAUCGCGAUCGGGCAGUUUUUCUACAGAUUGGGUCGUCUCAUAGCGAACCACCCGUUGCGGACCAUCAUCGUCAGCUGGUUGGUUGUGGCCGUCUGUGGCCUUGGAUUUUUCAAAUUCCAUCAUGAAAAAAGUCCCAUGAAACUAUGGAUCCCGCAGAACGCACAGUUCCUACACGACACCAACUGGGUGAUCGAAAACUUCAAGGAAGGAACGCGCAUCGAAACGGUCAUGCUGACCGCACCGGAUGUACUGAUACCGGAAGUUUUGCAAAAGAUGUCGGAAAUAACAGACGAAAUCGAAAACUUUAUCAUUACCAACAGUAAAGGUGGAACGGUUAACUGGGAUAAAGUCUGCUUCAAGGUUCCACUGAUAGCAGAAUACACUGUCCAAGAACGACGGAAACGUGACGACUCUCAAUCCUUAACUACUACAAAACGUCCCAAGAAGGACAGGCCAUUGUUCAGCCCAAGUGUCGAUCUACCGAACUUCAUGUACUGUCCGCUGGUCGAGCGGCUUCCAGUUGGUUGCUUCGGGCUCAGCAUCCUAGAGCUGUGGAAAUACGAUCGCGAAGUGAUUGCCAACCUGACGAAGAAGGACAUCGUCGAUAAGCUCAACAGCACCAAGAUCAGCCCCGUUACCGGACACACGAUCGACUUCUCUGAACUGCUCGGAGGGAUACAACGGGACUGGACUGGACGGAUCGUUUCUGCCACGGGUUUGUACUCUAAUUGGAUGGUCCACGUCAACUACUCCGAAGUGGACGCGGACGUCAGUGGGAAUGCCGCCGGAACGGAGGAUUGGGUCACGGAAGACGCAAUGCUUUGGGAAGGUAAGUAUUUGCAAAAGCUCGGUGAGAUUCAGCAAAAUUUCACCGGCGGGGAUACGGAAUUGUUCUACGCUGCUGGACGAAGCUACGGUGAUAUCAGUGCAGAUUCCAUGUUCAAGGACAUCGACAAGCUGGUAUUUGGAGGUGUGAUCAUGUUCAUUUACAUGCAGCUGGUGCUAUCAAAGUUCAGCUGGACUGAAUUCAGGGUAAUACUUGGCUCCGUCGGUCUUUUGAGCGUUGCAAUGGGCUUCGUUGCUGGGAGUGGCAUCGUUUCCUUGCUAGGGGUAUCGUAUGGGCCCGUUCAUACAUGUCUGCCGUUUCUGCUGAUGGGACUCGGCGUGGACGAUAUGUUCGUAAUGAUGGCCUGUUAUCGAAAGAUCCGGGAUACGCAUGCGGAUCUACCGCUGCCGGAACGAAUGGGUCUUAUGUUGAAGCAUGCCGGUGCAUCGAUUACGGUGACUUCCCUUACCGACAUCGUAGCCUUCGGCGUUGGUUCGAUAACUGUGCUACCAUCGUUACAGUCCUUCUGUAUCUACGCAGCGUUCAGUGUGCUGAUGAUGUUCUUCUUUGUCAUCACAUUUUACGUCGCUAUAUUCACCCUAGACGAACGGCGAAUCGCUGCCAACAGGAAUUCGUUCAUUCCUUGGAAAAUUCAUGAUGAGAAAUCUACGCAACUAUGGUGCCAGUACAAUCUGAUGCAUCGGUUCAUUAAGUUUGUUUAUUCGAACAUCAUCCUGACAAAGCUCGGGAAAACGCUCAUCAUCCUUGGCGUGAUUUGUAUGACUGGACUGAACAUUCAAAGUUUACUGAAACUUCGCCAGAAGUUCGAUCCGAAUUGGUUUAUCCCGGAGGAAACGUACUACAGUAAAUACGUCGUCAAAACUAGAGAGCAGUAUCCGAACAAUGGCUAUGAAGGCAUGCUUCUUCUCGGAAACUACAACUACACUGCAGAACUAAAGGAACUGCUCAAGAUAACACACGAGCUGGAGAACAGAACAGACAUUCUGCACAGUGUAGAUUCCUGGGUUGAACCAUUCCAGGACUUUGUGCAUACGUACUAUGAUCAAGACAUUGGCGAAGUCGUACUCAGCGAUUCGGACUUCCACUUAUAUCUUUCCAAGUUUCUGUACAGCCACGAAGGCGGUCGUUACCAGAUGAACUUCAAGUUUGCAACCAAACUGCAUUGCGGACAGCCUGCACCGAACAUUACCGUCACUACCAUCGCGUUUAAAUUCUGCCCAUUCAGGGAACGCGAAGAAUACAUCCCCGCCAAGCAUGCCCUCGAAGAGUUACUCGCCCGAAGUAAUUUCACCACUGAUCAUCAGUUUAAAACUAUCUGGGCAAAGGUCUUCGCCAAUUGGGUCACCGACGAAAUUAUCGAUACGGAAAUCUACCGAAACGUUGCCCUAGCCAUGAUUGGCGUUAUGUUCUGCUCGGCCGUCUUGAUCGUGAACCCGCAGAUUUGCUUCUGGAUCUUCAUAUGCGUCCUGUUAACGUUGGUCAACGUAGGUGGAUUCAUGCAACGAUGGAGUCUCACCCUGGAUUUAGUCUCCUGUAUUGGUCUUCAACUCGCCGUUGGACUCUGCGUUGACUACGCAGCCCACAUCGGUCAUACAUUCCUGACCAUUAGCAACGGAAACCGCAAUCAACGGUCGCUGGAAACUGUACUCCACAUCGGAGCUGCCGUACUCUACGGAGGUGGAUCAACAAUCCUCUCGCUCAGCAUGCUCUCCGGAUCCCAAGCGUACACAUACCGAACUUUCUUCAAAAUAUUCCUUCUAGUUAUUCUACUCGGCCUCUUUCAUGGCCUCGUUCUUCUACCGGUAAUUCUUAGCUUGGUAGGUCCACCUCCCUACAGUGGCUUCGUAGAUGAAGCCAACAAGCUUCCCGAUGAUAUUGAGAAAGAAAUGCUACCCAUCCCGCACGACCAGAAGCGACACAGACCUGUGAACGGUGAACUCGCUCUGAACGAAGAGGAGAAACAACCGAUGAGGGCAGCUUCAACGGCAUGAAACAGUAUCGUGGUAGUUUCGAGAAACUUGAAGCGUUCCAUGACUUAACACCGCAAAUAUAGCUACUAGAAGGGACCGAAAUGCACAAAAUCAGAAACAUUUCAUCACAGACACGCAAACCAGUCUUUAUUACACGCAUACAUAAAAGCACGGGCGAACUGCGUUCUGCUUUUCGUAAUUUUUUUUUUCGAUCUUAUUUAGGCCACGUGAUGCCAUUGUGAUUCUAAUCUUGUUAAGGUACAUAACAUUUUUUGGACAAAGUCAUUACAAGUAUAAGUGAUUUUUGGAUGGAAAAAAUGAAAUGAAAUUGUA